CUACAAGCAGCCACCGAAAUACCCAUAAGCACGGCGAGCAUGUCAGCAGCCCUGCCUGCCACAUGGCUUCCCGCUCCAAACUUUUUGGGACAAACCCGACGACGCGUUCUCCCCUCACGUCUUAGUUCUCUCGCUCUCACCGUUCGGCGACCUUUGAGCAGGAACCCUCGGAAUCCUCCUAUCCACGUGUCGCGAUCCCAAGGCUCUACCCUGAGAGUGAGAGCAUCGGCGCCGGGAAUGGCGUCAAUUGCGGCGGAAGAAGCGGUUACUAGGCCAAUCCACGCGGUGGUAUGCGGGGGAGGCGUUAUCGGCGCGUGCACGGCGUUUUACCUAGCAGAGAAGGGUAUCAAAGUAACGGUCGUCGAGAAGUGCCACGUGGCAUGUGCUGCGUCGGGGAAGGCGGGAGGAUUCUUGGCGUUGGAUUGGUGCUCAGGCCCCACAGGGAAGCUGGCGCAGCUCAGCUACCGCCUUCACGAGCAGCUGGCAGCGCAGUUUGGCGACUGUUACGGUUACCGCAAGGUGCACACGCUCAGCCUCCAGGUCACAGAGCCCAAGCAACCCUCCGCUGCCGGCGGGCAGCGGAAGAAAGCUUCCACGCUGCCCGAGUGGAUAGACGGGCCGGUGCGGGGAGUCCAGACGAUGGGAUCGCCAGCUACAACUGCCCAGGUGCACCCACAACUGUUCACAGAGACUCUGCUCAGAGUGGCUGGGGAGAGGCAUGGGGUGAAGGUACAACUGGGGGAGGUUCAAGACGUGGUUGUGGCACCAGUGGGGGGUGAUGUUGCUCCCUCUAAAGUCACAGGUGUGAUUGUAGAUGGUGCUACAGUACCGGCGGAUGUUGUGGUCUUUGCGCUUGGCCCAUGGUCCAGCAAGAAUCGUCUCGUAGCACGGCUAGGCCAGAUCACAGGGCUGAAGGCAAACAGUGUUGUGGUCCGGCCGAACCAGAAUCCCGAAGCUGUGACCAACCACAUGCUCUUCCUUCAGUACAGGACAAAAGACGGGCGGCACACCGACCCAGAAAUCUACCCCCGGCCAUCUGGUGAAGUCUAUCUCUGUUCCGUGACCGAGGGGGAUAAUUACCUCCCGGAUAAUCCCGAGGAAAUCACCACCACCCCAGGCGUCCCAGAGUUCUUAAAACGAGUGGGAGCUACGGUGUCGUCGGCGCUAGCAGAUGUGACUAUAGUGAAGGAGCAGGCGUGCUUUCUGCCGUGCUCCCAGGACAAUGUGCCUGUAAUAGGCCCUGUGCCAGAUUUGCAGGGGGCAUAUGUGGCGACGGGGCACAGCUGCUGGGGCAUUCUGAAUGCGCCGGCCACAGGCCUGGCUGUAGCAGAGCUGAUUGCGGAUGGCAGGGCCAGCUGUGCGGAUCUCAGACCCUUUGACCCUGCUAGGUUCGUGUGACGAGUUGUUGAAAUACACAGCACAGUAGCAUAGUGGUGCGACAGGCAGGCAUGCAUGUUACCCUUUCCCCAGGUUCCAAGACAAUGUGUCAGUGAUGGACA